AAGAUACUGUGACCGUGAGUUGGUUUUGAUGUCGUACACUUGCGUCGCGGCUGAUGUAGCUGUGACCACCUUGUAAACACCAGAGACGAACGUAGACUAUGAACGAAACCUCGCUGUUUUAAACGACGAAUGCUACCAAAAACACAACAGCUUCAUUUGAUUCGUGUUCCAAAACUGCCUACUAUGCUUGAGAGCGACAUUUCGAAGCUUUAUCCUACACAGAGGCGAUCAUAUUUAAGAGAGGCAAGCAUGCCAGAUUCACCGACAGAUCCAGCAGCUCAUCCUCCUCAGGGACCUCCAGUGUCGUCGCCAAAUACAAAUCCUUCAUCAGUUCCUGUUGUAGCUGAUGUUAGGUCUCUUAAUAAUUCCACUUCACCGGCUGUCAAUGGUGCACAUACCAGCCCCACUGGACCCGUGUCACCUAGCAGUAUAGGAAACAGUGUAACCCAACUACCUCCAGCCUGCGGUGCACGGCAACUUAGCAAGUUGAAGCGAUUCCUGACAACUCUGCAACAGUUUGGUUCAGAUAUUUCACCUGAAAUUGGAGAGAGAGUGCGAGGACUUGUUAUGAACCUUGUGAACUCUACAAUAUCCAUUGAAGAAUUUCAUGCACAGCUUCAAGAAGCUACAAAUUUUCCUCUUAGACCAUUUGUUAUACCAUUUCUAAAGGCAAACCUACCCCUUCUACAAAGAGAACUGUUACAGUGUGCUCAGAUGGCCAAACAAACUCCACCACAAUAUCUCAGACAACAUGAAGAUAUUUUAAGUGAAAGAGAAACAGCACCUCUGGAUCCAGAGGAACUAAAUCCACUAGAAAUAAAUGAAAAUGGGAAACGAAAGGCUCCUUCAGAAAAUAUGAGACCUAAGGAAAACGGAGGACCUCCUGAUUUGGCUAUGCAAAUGAUGGCAGAACUGGGUAAACCUAUCCCAAAGAGGCCCUUUUUGGGCAACAGCAGCAGUUUUAAUAAACCAAGUCAGUUAAGAAUGGAAGACAUCACAAUACCACAAGCAGGCAGCUCACGUGAUGGUGAUCCCACACUGCCAGAUGCUCUGUUGGAUAGCAAACAUGAAGUAGUGGAUGACUGGAAACAUGUGGAUACGAUGCUUCAGUGCAUAAUAGGAAUGGUUGACAAGACAAAACGAGCUGUAGCAGUGCUUCAACAACGAUGCACUCAGGACCGAGAAGAAUUAUUGGCCUGGGCACGAAAAACAGCUGAAGAAACAGAAGCGGAAGUUAAGAGGAGAGCAGGGGAACUGAUGGCUAAAACGCUAAAACAAACAGAGGAGCGCGUAGCAGAAGUCAAACGUCGUGCGGAAGAGGCCGUAAGUGACGUGAAGAGACAAGCUGUGGUGGAACUACAGAAAGCCGUCCGUGCUGCCGAGGAGAAAGCCAAUGAGGCUGUGGCUAGUGCGCAUGGCAAAAUGGAGAAAGCUGUGCUAGAGGCGCGCCGACAGGCCACUGAGGAUACCUUAGCCAUGUCAAAUCAUCAGAGUGAUUCGAGUGAGAGUUGUUGGAAUUGCGGGCGAAAGGCUACGGAGACAUGUAGCGGAUGUAAUGUGGCGAGGUACUGCGGCCCGUUUUGUCAGCACAAAGAUUGGGAGAACCAUCAUCACGUGUGUGGACAGCAAGCUCAGGCCGCCAGCGAAGAUAAUCCCCAAGGAGGAGGUCCUCAGUCCGUUGGCUCUCCCAAGGAUACCAACACCUCUAGUCCCGCUGUCACAAGAAUGACCACGCCCACCUCGUCAUCCGACCCCAUUUCGUCCCUCAGUGAUUAUGUUAUGAAAACCCCCUCUACGUAGGAUCGACUAGUACGCGCUUAAGUAAUACUGGCUUCGUUUAUUUAGUCGCCAGAAAAGGACACUGAAAUUUUUUCAAGGGAAGCCUUCCUCGUCAGUAUAGGGAACCUCCAAUGAUUGAGAAAUUGUGAUUUCGAUUUGUGCAUAAUCUUUGUUGAUUCCCUUGUAACUGUGUUUGCGAUUAAAAGAUUUCUUAUGAAGCAGGGUAGAAUAAGGCCAAGGGUUUAAGCAAUUUUAUCGCGUAGUAUUACGGGUAUGUGCAGCCGGAGGAUUCUAAGAAUAAGAAGACUGUCUUAAACACAAAUCAAAAUGAGAUACUGCUGCUAUUUCAUAAAACCAUCUGCAUGUAUGGAGCUCCUCUUUUUCCAUGGAAGGGGAGGGUAAAGAUGGUAGAGACCCCAAAUAGCUAUUGGCAUCUCAUGGCUGAGUGAAUCGUAAAAGAUAUCCGAACUGCAUCUUGGCGAAUACUUUUUUUCAGGUUCUCCAACUUUUCUCGUAACCCAUUUAUUGACAGACAAAAUCAUAACGUAGAAACUCAAAACAAAAAAAUCCUGUAGGUUAUUUCAGUGGUGAAGUAAAUCUCAUGGAUUCUAGGCAACCAGUGGGCCAAAACGAGAUGUUUCGUCUUCCGCAAAAUUGUUCAGACAACAACUGGUAGCAUCGGAAGAUUUUAUGGUCUGCAUCAGGGAACAGUUUUUCUCGAGGGAAGUAUUUAAGAAGGGCAAAAGCCGUUAUCUUCAAUUGUGUGUUUCGCCGGCGGUGUUAGUAAGCUUAAAUCCCAUUAAGUAAAUAUCUUUGUUUUGGUUUGGUUUUGAAGUUGUUUCGUCCUUCCUUUUUUUUAAAGGCAGAGUAAGGUGCACAGUCCUCAACCAUUACCUUUCGGUUUCAAUUGAGCACCAAAUUACAAAUGGAAUGUAAUUAUGUACAGAAGCUCCCACCCCAAUUUCGUUAAUGGGCCAGAAGAAUUUUCAGCCUUGUCUAAAGUGUCUUUCCUAACGUAAAUUUUUAUCAAUCGUUGCUUCCUUGUGGGAAGCGUAAAGUUUUGACGAAUUUUGUCCAUUUUCAGUCGGUUAACAGCAAUACCAACAUGUAAUACUUGUAAAUAUGAAAUAAAGUGGACCUAGUCUAUGUUGAA